AUGGGAUUGGCUGACGUAGAAGCAGCCGGCAUAUUUGAAGCUGAAGUGCGGACGGACGCCGUUCGAGAGGUUGUCACAAGGAACGUGGCUCAUCUGAUUCACUUUGCAACGAGGGAUGCCAGCUAUAUGGCGGAAAUGAAUCGUCUACAACAAAAUCUGAAAUGCUGUGGGAUGAAAACUGAUGUUCGGCUGGGCAAUGGUUUGAACUUUUCGGCUCUUUUCUGUUAUGUUUUUCCUUUCGUAUUUUUCAGUUAUGUUUUUUUUGUGACAGACAUAAAAAGAAAUGUGGUGAAAAAGUUUGCUGUACGAAGAAACUGGAAAGUCGUUCUUAUUGCUCUAGGAACUCGCCUAAACGUUGACCAUCCGUGGAAUAUGUGGUUCGCUGCCUAUUCACUGGACGACACUUAUCCGAAUGCGAUCAGGGAAUUAUAUUCGCUACCAUGGUCUUGCUGUAAUCUGACCAGGCACUCGAAAUGUGAACAUAUUGGAGUGUCUCGAUACUUACGAACAUUCGACACACCAACUGAUUUCAAUGACGUCGAGAAGGCGCUCGACGUCAACCGGCUGAAAUGGAAUCCGACCACAUUCGAUCACUAUCUGGAACGAAAUGAAAUGGCAAUAGCGACACUCUACAACAGCGACUGCGUGGUUGAGUUGCUUCAGCGCGUUAUCACUCAAGUCGAAAUCACCAAAACUCGCUUGCAGCGAGCAGGUUGUUCGCUAACAACGUAUGGCAAAAAUUUUAUUUUGUUAUUUUAUGGUGAAACUUUUGCUGAACUGUCAUUGCUCAACAAGCAAAGGUUCCGACGGGACGCUUAA